AUGAGGAAGCCGAAAAAAGACAGGUUGCAUUGGCUGCUCUGGGUCGAUCGGGACACCAUUGUCCUGAAUCCCUGCGUUCCCGUGCAAGCCUUCCUUCCACCCGAGGAGGAGACCGAUGUGCACAUGAUCGUCACCAAGGACUGGAACGGGCUGAACAAUGGCGUUUUCUUGGUGCGCGUGAACCAGUGGAGCAUUGAGCUCUUCAGUAAUAUUCUGGGUUUCCGCUACUAUCGGCCAGGCGUUGAGCUUAGAUUCACCGAGCAGAGUGCCAUGGAAAAAUUGCUCGACGAGGACAAGUUCAAGUCGAACACCGUCUAUGUACCACAGCGGUGGUUCAAUGCAUACCAGGGCCACCAGGACGAGACACUACAGCCGCAUCAGACGCGGCGUGGUGAUUUCCUCGUGCACUUCGCGGGGGUUGGGGAGAGGAGCAAGCAAAUGGAAUACUGGCUGGACAUUGCGGAGAGGCACGCGCCUGACUGGAUGCUCGAGUUCUGGCGGACCGGCUAUCCGGCUGAAAUUGAGGAGUUCUGGACACGUUAUGCUAAUGAGGAGUAA